AUGCCGCGCCGGAUUCCGAUCCAGGUCACCCAGACCGUGAGCCGUCUGCUGGAGGGCGGCUAUGUAAAGAAGCCGCCUGCAUGGUACGAGCCGACGCUGCGUCACCCUCCGGCGAUCAUCCCGCCGCGCCAAGAGAACCAGCGUCCGGAUAGCGACCUGCCUCGCUCGCUCCGCAGCGAGGUGCGCCAGUCAGUGCUGGAGGCUGCGAAUGCGAAGCAGGGCCGCUCGAACAUGAACUCGCGCAAGAAGCUGCGUGCGCAGCUGCCCCCGCUGCGCCCGCAGCCGAUCGUCUACGACGCGGACCGCAUUCGCCGGCAGUUCUUCCGCGACCACCCGUGGGAGGCGAAGCGCGCUGCGACGCUCGUCGAGAUGGACUAUGUGCUGCAGGCGAAUCCCGAGCCCGCGAUCCCCGAGGGCGAGCUGCCAGAGCUGCACCACUGGAGCCGCAUGAACCCGUCGGUGGAAGAUGUGAUCCAGUGCACGAUCCGGACAAGCGAGGAGAGCACGCUCUCGCUCUCCCAGGCCUACCGCCGCACGAUUGCUGCAUACCACGCCAUCCAGGCCGAGCGUGAGCACCGCAUCCGCUACGCGAACUACGAGGCACGCAGCCUCGGCGCCGACCUGGGCCCUUCGGAGACCGACCGCGGCUUUGCGAAGGAGCAGCGCGAGCUUGACAAGUGGGCGGCCGUCGCAGGAAAAGACGUGGGCGCGCCGGUGACUGAUGCACCGACGCCCGCGGGCACGAUCGCACGCAAGAAGCGCAUCGACGCGCAGUUCACUGGCGGCGAUGCCUACCUGCACGCCGCGUCUAAGGUGAGCCGCGGCGAGGCGAGUGCGUACGAGACGCCCGCGCCGAGCGGUGCCAAGACGGCGGCGGACGCGACUGCCUCGGACGACUUUGUUGGCAUUGCUCGUGCGCUGCGCUGA